AUGCCAAACCAGGAACCUGCACAGGUCUUCAGAAAGGAGGCCAAAGGAACUCCCGCUGGCUCAAACGAGCAGGCCCUGAAUGGGAACAAGAGCGCUCUUUUCAGCCGUCUUCCAGCUCCCAUGGAGAGCUGCCGUAGCGCCAGAGCUCGAUUCGAGAAACUUCUGCCAUUUCGAAUCCCCCAUGUGGCCCAGAGCAAUGCGGUGCUGGAGCAAUAUGCUACUGAGAAUGGGGAUUCCAUCAGCAAGGACAGCGACUCUGCUGGAGGUGGGAAGGACUUGCCCGCGCUGUAUGUAACCACCAUCUUGGAAGACCCCUAUGUGAUGGCCAGAGGCACGGAGCUGGAAGGCUACUGCAUUGACCUGCUGGAGAAACUGUCACUGAUGCUGCACUUCAAGUACAAGGUGGGCGUGGUGAAGGAUGGGAAAUACGGAGCCUUGGGUCCCAACGGGAACUGGUCCGGAAUGAUUGGAGAGGUCGUGAGGAAGGAAGCAGACCUUGCCGUUGCACCGUUAACUAUUACGUCGGUGAGAGAAGAUGCUGUGGACUUCACCCAGCCUUUCCUACACACGGGCAUCGGCAUUCUGCUUGAGAAGGAAUCUGCCCUUGAAGAGGCCUCUCUCUUCCACUUCCUGACCCCUUUCAGCAAGGAGACCUGGGCCUGCAUUCUUGCAGCCUACCUGCUUUCUAGCCUUUGCUUGUUCCUUGCCGCCAGGCUGAGCCCCUGUGAGUGGGAUGGGAAUGAGGAGAACCGGUUCACGUUGCUAGACAGCCUGUGGUUUGGAGCCGGCUCGUUCACUUUGCAAGGCACGGUGCCCCACCCCAAGUCUCUCUCCGUACGGAUCAUUUCUGCCAUCUGGUGGCUGUUCGGCAUCGUCCUGCUGACCGCGUACAUCGCCGGCUUCAACUUUGUUCUGGAGUCGGGAUCUGAGCAGCUCUCCAUCCAGACCUUUGAAGACCUGGUGAAGCAGCGGCAGCUGGAGUUCGGCACCAUGGAAGGCUCGUCAACCCUCCUCUAUUUCAAGAAUUCCAAGAACCCGAUCCAGCAGAUGGUCUAUGAAUCCAUGAACAAAAAGAAGGACUUGGUUUUGGUCAAGAACUACCCGGCGGCCAUUCAGCGUGUCCUAGAUUCAAAUUAUGCCUUCAUCGGAGAGUCGAUCUCACAAGAUCUCGCUGUUGCCAGGCACUGUAAUCUGGUUCGUUCCCCAGAAGUCCUCGGAGCCAGGGGGUUUGGCAUCGCGACACCAAAAGGAUCCUCCUGGACUAAUAAACUGUCAGUUGCUAUCCUGAAACUUGGAGAAUCAGGUGACCUGGAUUAUCUUCGAAGCAAGUGGUGGGAAAGUAGCUGUUCCCAUGAAGAUCAUGAGAAGUGGAGCCCCCUGAAGCCACAAGCGCUGGGUGGGAUCUUCCUCAUCCUUGCGCUGGGCCUCGUGUUCGGGAUGAUCAUUGCUCUGGUCGAGUUAUCCAAAAAGAGCCGGCGCACAGCUGAACAAGAAAAGAAACCCUGCUGCUCUGUUUUUACAGAGGAGCUGAGCCAACGAUUGCGAACGAGAGAAGACAAGACGCAUGAAAAUGCGGGGAAGACAAAACCAUGA